UUUGGGCCUCAGACUUGUCGGUGUUGGGGUUUUAUGGACACAAAAAACCUGGAGACUUGCAGAGAAGGACCUGGGCAGGAGGAAUCCAUAAUCCAGGGCACUCAUCCCUUGUUUCUCCCCCCAAACCAGGAUUUGUCGUUCCUAAGGUGUGGCCGGAUGGAGGAGAAGGAGGAAAAGGCCCAGAGAUCCUGCAGGAGGAGGGGCUGCAAACCCAGCCCAGGGAGCUUUGAGGAGAAAAGACCCUCCCUGUGCAGGGAAAGCAGCCGGAGAUCCAGGCAGAGCUCAGAGCUGGCGGAGAAGCCCCACAAGUGCUUGGAGUGUGGGAAGGGCUUCAGCUACAGCUCCAGCCUGAUCCGGCACCAAAUGAUCCACACAGGGGAGAGACCCUACGAGUGUGGGGAAUGUGGAAAGGGCUUCAGACGGAUCUUCGACCUAAUGGAACACCAGAGGAUCCACACUGGGGAGCGUCCAUAUGAGUGUGGGGAAUGUGGGAAGGGCUUCAGGUACAGCUCCAGCCUGAUACGGCACCAGAGGAUCCACACAGGGGAAAAGCCCUUCGAGUGUGGGGAACGUGGGAAGCGCUUCAGACAGCGCAGCAACCUGAUCCAGCAUCAGCAGAUCCACACCGGGCAACGUCCCUAUGCGUGUGGAGAAUGUGGGAAGAGCUACAAGUGGAAGUCUGAUUUUAACAAGCACCUCAAGUUCCACACAGGAGAGUAGAUCUAUGAGUGUCUCAAGUGUGGGAAGAGGUUUCAGACCAGCUCCAVUCUCCUCSKYCAUGAGCGGAUUCACACGGAUGAGAGGCCCUUCCGCUGCCCCGAGUGCGGGAAGGGCUUCAAACGCAAC